AUGGUUGCAUGUUGGCUUUUGAGUUUUGCGGGAGAGGAGUUUGGGAUUGAAGUAAUGGCUGCCGCAGACAACAGUACUUACAAAGCCUCAAGAUGGUCUCUUAACGGAAUGACUGCUCUUGUCACCGGUGGAACUCGUGGAAUUGGGCAUGCUAUAGUGGAGGACUUAUGUGGGUUUGGUGCCACUGUCCACACUUGUUCUAGAAACCAAGCUGAGCUCGAUAAGUGUUUGACAGAAUGGCGUAGUAAGGGCUUUUUGGUUUCUGGAUCUGUGUGUGAUGUCUCAUCUCAAUCCCACAGAGAGAACCUCAUUCAGGAAGUCACUUCCGUCUUCAAUGGCAAGCUUAACAUUUAUGUGAAUAAUGUUGGAAUAAACUAUAGGAAGCCAACCAUUGAGUACACUGCUGAAGACUAUUCUCAAAUUUUGGCAGUCAAUUUAGACUCUGCUUACCAUCUGUGCCAACUUGCUUAUCCUCUCCUGAAAGCAUCUGGAAUGGGAAGCAUUGUGUUCAUUUCAUCUAUUGCUAGUGUGGUCAGCUUAGGGACUGGUUCCGUCUAUGCAGCAUGUAAAGCUGCAAUCAAUCAGCUUACAAAAUACAUUGCUUGUGAAUGGGCUAAAGACAAUAUAAGGAGCAAUUGUGUUGUUCCUGCUACUACCAAUACGCCACUUGUUGAACAUCUCCUUCGCAACAAGAAGUAUGUAGACGAAAUGUUAUCUCGAACUCCUCUUGGACGCAUUGCAGAACCUGAAGAAGUUUCAUCCUUGGUGGCUUACCUUUGUCUGCCUGCUGCCUCUUACAUCACAGGACAGGUUAUAGUUGUUGAUGGAGGAUUAUCAGUGAAUGGAUUUCAACCCAGCAUGAGAAUCAAUUGA